AUGCCCAAUCGCAAGACGGAGAGCAUAAUCCGUCAGAGGUCAGAUGGCGAGCUUGCCGUGAGCGUGGGAACAGGCGGUCCCGUGGAGCAGGGUCAUGAGACGUACUCUCCAGCGGUCAGCCGUAAAGGCUCGCAAGAUGCGCGGGUAGAGAGACCUGAGAGAUUAGAAAGACCUGAGAGACGGUCUUGCAGAGAUGUCGAUGAAGACGAUGAGAUCCCUUUGCCGCUACCGUACACAACCGCUGCCAGCGAGUUCCUGUAUGGGCACAACACCGUGCUUGCGGCGUUGAGAGCGAAGCAGAGGAAAAUGUACAAGCUUUACAUCCACCCGAAAAUAUUCGAUCGCGAGGCUGGCGUGGAGCGUGGUCUUGGUGGAAAGGCGUCGAACGAGUUCGUCACGUUGGCAAAGGAAGCCGGCGUGCCGUUCAGAAAUGAGUUCAAGACGAAGUUGCUCGACAGAAUGUCCGACGGAAGACCGCACAACGGCGUGCUGUUGGAGGCAUCCAAGCUACCCACUCCGCCAGUCCUCAGUCUCGGCAAACCGAACGCGCGUGAUUCAACGAUUCCUCUUGCCUUGGCUCAACAAAGCGCAGAGGAUGCAGAAAUCAAUGGAAUGCCAGAGGCAAUCAACAGCAUCGCUAACAGUUGGAGGCAUCCUUUGAUUGUCCUUCUGGACGGCAUCACUGACCCUGGCAACCUGGGCAACAUCCUGAGAACCUGCCACUUCUACGGCGUCGACGCCGUGGCCGUGGCUACGAACACUUGCGCCAACCUCUCCUCCGCGGUGCUCGCGAAGGCGUCUUCCGGCGCCUGCGAAGCCGUUCGAUUGCUAUCCUUACCACAACCCUCCAACUUCGCCUACGAAUCAGCCAGGAACGGAUGGAAGAUCUACGCGUCUGUAGCCCCGAGUAAAGAUGUGGUCGGCCAGCCCACACAUUUGACGACAAGCUCAGUCGCAACUGCAAGCCCACUGGCCAAGCACCCUUGCAUACUGAUGCUCGGAGCUGAAGGCGAGGGCUUGAGGGAGAAUCUCCGCAACCGGGCACACUCGACUGUGUCGAUCGAAAGAGGGAAGAAGAUACGAGGGACGCCGAACGUUGGAGUCGACAGCAUCAACGUCAGUGUCGCGGCUGGUGUUUUAAUGGAUGCGUUCCUAAGCAAGCCCUCCGACGCCCCUGAGAAGAUAGACACCACCAGCGAUCUUGGCUGGUAA